AUGAAAAUAGAUGAAGAUAGCAAAAUUGACAUCGAUUCCUCAAAAUAUCCGCUUGCUCGAAAAGAUGAUUCAGUUGUGGAUGAUUUUCAUGGCACUAAGGUGGCAGAUCCCUAUCGUUGGUUGGAAGAUCCAGAUUUGAAUGAAACAAAAGAAUUUAUUCAACAACUGAAUUCAAUCUCUCAGCCUUUUAUUGCAAAUUCACCUUACAGAGAGAAACUUCGGAAACGAUUAACUGAACUUUGGGAUUAUGAGAAAUUUGGUUGCACUUCCAAAAGAGGCGAUUAUUACUAUUAUUAUCAUAAUUCAGGAUUGCAGAAUCAAAGCGUUUUAUAUCGUCAAAAAACAUUGCUUGAUAAAAGUGAGGUAUUUCUUGAUCCAAACAAACUCUCUGAAGAUGGUACUACUGCUAUACGUGAUAAAUGUUUCUCUCAUGAUGGUUCCAUAUUGGUAUAUGGUCUUUCACAAAAAGGCAGUGAUUGGAUGACGUUAAAAUUUAAAAAAGCUGAUGGGACUGAUUUGAACGAUACAGUAGUAGGCGUUAAACACAGCAACCUAGAUUGGUUGAUCGAUAACAGUGGAGUCUUUUAUUCGAAAUAUCCCGAUCAUAAAGGUGCACUGGAAGGAUCAUCAACAGAAAAACAUGAAUAUCAUUCAUUGUAUUUUCACAAAUUAGGUACUCCUCAGAGUGAUGAUAUUUUAGUCGCUGAUUUUCGAUCUCAUCCCGAAUAUAUGUGUUCGGGUAGCGUAACAGAAGAUGGUCGUUAUCUGAUAGUGAGUGUUAGUCGAGGUUGUGAUCCCUAUAAUAUGCUUUACUAUUAUGAUGUUCAAGAAGUGCAGCAAAAAAUUACGGGUAAAAUACCCUUGAAACCACUGUUCGAUAAAUUGGAUGCGAAAUAUGAACUUAUUGAUAAUGAUGAUGAUACAGCUUUAAUUCUAACGAAUCACAAUGCGCCACUGUUCAAAUUAAUAAGAGUGAAAAUGUCAACAGCGAACGAAGGACCAUCUGCGUGGGAAACGGUAAUUCCGGAAGACGAAAAGAAUAACUUAGAAUGGGUGGCAAAUGUUGGUGGAGAUCGUUUGGUGGUUUCAUA